AUUGGAUCAGUAAACUAAAGUCUUAAAUAUACUAAUGAAUGUCAAAAGAAAGUAAAUCAAGUGAAGUGAAAAAGUUGAAUCACAGACCUUCGCAUUGUUGGAGUUUUCUGGUUGCAUUGCUAUAAAAACGAUUGCGUUGCAAUGGAGGAGCAUCAAUUGUCUACUGACUUCGCUUACAAAAGCAAUACAAUUCAUAUACAACAAUUACAAAAUGAAGCACGCCAUUAUAUUUGCUCUCUUCCUUAUGGUUGCCAUCGUGCACUGCAGUUCUUAUGGCAGUCACGGUGAAGAACAUGGCCACCAGGAUGCUUACGAUCACCAGCAUGAACUCGGCUACCAGGAUGAUAAGGAUGAUCAUAACAUAAACCAUCAUGUUAAAAAUAAUGAUCAACAGAAUGAACAUAAAGUCCAAACUCAUGGCCAUAGCGUCGAACAUGGUCAUGGAGAUCAGCAUGAUGAUCACCAUACCAGCGAAAGACAUGGUCAUCACUAAUUGGAAAAGGCUUACAGAUUUGUUUUUCUUCCGAUGUAGAAGCUAUCAUUAAUAUUGAGUUGAUCUUGUACAGAAAUGUAUAUUGAUAAACGGAGAAAUAAAGAGAUAUUGAUAUAUUGCAAAAAAACUUGGUCUUCUUCUUUUACUAAUAAUAGCGACGCAGUUUUUCCAGUUUGGAAAAUAUUAUAUAGAUUGAUACCUCUCUAAGGUGGUAUGGCUGCUUGCUAUUCUAUCUCUGCUUUAGAGAUUCAAUCUAUUAGAUUCGCUACUCUCUUUGACCAAUCUCUUAGACGAAUCGAA